AUGAAUCCAACAAAACGUCACAACCUCAACCCAAAACGACCCCAAAACGCAACAGCAGUAACAAAUAUGUCUGCCCAGCCUUUGAUAGUGUUUUCCAAGUCAUUUCGAGAUGCGCUUGUUCAACAUCAACCCAAGAACACCAUCCAUCUCCUUCCAUACGACGUCCUGUACAUGAUCUUCAAGCUAAUCGGCGAGGAGGGUACGAUAUGUCUUGGAUUGACGUGCAGCAAACUUUGGAACUAUGUCAAAUGUUCGAAUCAAGUUUGUUUUCCAAUCCCUCUUAGUAUCCGCCUCUGCGGUCACGAGGCAGGUGGUCGUUACACAUGUUACGAAUGUGGCUCAAGUUCCAUCUUAGACUAUUUAUACUACGGAACACUCAUGAGGAACUAUCGUGAAUGGACCUUCCAUGACGAAGUCACUGGUCAUACACACGAGGCUCGGUUUCUCAACAAAUGGGUUUUCGUUGAAGAGCCUGAAAACUGGAGAACGCCAGCCGCAAGAAGCUCGCCACUUGCGCACCUCAAGAGUCGUCUGCGAGAUUUCUACCUUUCCCAUUUCGAAUUGCCAAGUCCCGACAACAGAUUAUCUGAGUAUGUGAUGGUUCCAGCCUUUUUGCCUUCUCCUUACAGUCUUGGAGAUGAUUGGACCGAGUUGGCACUGGAGGCGAUCCACGGAGAUUUGGGCAACCCUCGGCAUGGAAGCGUUAAGGCUUGGGAGGAGUAUUGGGUGAACUUUGCGGUUGCGAAGAGAAACAGAGGGGCGCUGAAAGAUAUGAUGAGAUGAGGGCUUUGGAUCACUUCUACAACACAGAAGCAAUCGAGGAGUUGGGGUUUGGAUGCUUCUUGGUCUCCUUUCUGAUCAACUUGGGUAUAAAUUGGUGGAAGGUGUGACCUUUACCUAGUCUUGAGAGUUUGCAUCUAUGGAAAGCAACUUAAGAAGC